UUAGAACCAUGAAUCGGGGGUUCUUUAAAGUUCACCAGUGCUGUUUUAGAACAUUUAAAUUUUGUCCGAUCACCCCCCAAACAACGGAACGUGGAUGGUCCCUGAAAUGGCGGCGGUUUCUGUCAGUGUGGAGUGAAACUUUCCUAUUUUUAGAGAAAAUCCAGUCAGUAUCCAACAUAUUUUGUCGACUGCCGUCGUCUGCUUGGUAAAGUAAGCAUUCUCGGAAUACAGAGACGUUUGACAGUGUUCAUCUGAACCGGGCGGUGUCAUUCUACGCUGCGUUUUUGAUCGCCUAAUCGCUGGGCUUCCCUGGAAGUUGGCUGUGGCUAAGUGCCUGACAUUGCGAUCAUACCGACUCUUGUUGUGUUUAGAUUGCUCAACGCGGAACCAUCGGGUUGGAUUGGACGUCGGUCGAGUAGCUAGCUAGCUCAGCAGGCACAGUGCGUCGAAAACGACUCGGUAUCCUCUCAUUUAGCUGGGUUCUGCCAGGACAGGUCGGAGAUCCUGAGGACGUGUCACGUCACCUGUCAGUGGAAAGAAAUAGGUGGUGUUGGAUGUCACCGCCAGUCAGUGUCAGGCUGAGUUUGGUUUGCUAGCAUCGUCCGUCCUGGCAAAUCAAAUGGAGAAGCUCCAGGACCUGAGCCAAUCAGAGCUACAGGAGCUCCUGGACAGCCCAGAGAGGGUGGAGUCUAUGGCUCUGGAGUCUGACGAGAUCCAGAACAUCCAACUGGAAAGAGAGAUGGCCCUGGCAUCAAAUCGCAGUCUGGCUGAGCAAAACCUGGACAUGAAGCCUCGUCUGGAGUCACAAAAGGAGGUGCUGGUCGAGAGAUAUUCCCAGCUAGAGGACGUCAGAGAAACUUACAGACAACACUGCUCCCUAAGAGAUGGGAUGGUGGGUCAGGUGUCUCCAGAGGCGUUGUUCUCCAGACUACAGACAGAGGGCAGCAAAACGGAGGCAGAGUCAGAGGCGCUAGCUGAUGAGUUUCUGGAGGGUUCUCUGCUGUUGGACUCCUUCCUUGACCGCUUCCUCUCCCUGCGCUCCCUUGCUCACAAAAGACGGGUGCGGAUAGAGAAACUCCAGGAGAUCCUGCGACAGAGGAGCGAGGGCAAUCCCACCUCAAUGACAUCAUCAGCAGGCAUCAGCCAGGAUCCCGCAGCCACGUCCUCACCAUGGAAUCAACAGACAACAGCAACCACGACAAAUCAGCAGCAGCUUAACUCCAAACCUCAAUCCUCCAGCUACCAAAACGCCUCGAAACUGGCCUCCUCGUCUUCAGGGGGCUCCUCCGGCCUUCCUUACAGCCCAUACCCUGCUCCCCCCCCCAACUCUGCCCCUAUGGUAACAGCAGGCUCCGGCCCGGCCAACCCCCCAUCACAGUUCCCUCCGUACCCAGGUUCUGGCUCAUCUUUCACCCCAGCAGGGAGCUACUCUGGUCCCAGGCCCGCUUUCGGGCCGCCAACUUCGACUGCCUGCCCUUACCCAACCCAGCCCUCCUUCCCUGCCCCACACCCGGGCUCAGCGUUCGGCCAGUACACCCCCAGCCAACCCCAGAGUGGCCCCGUGCCCUAUCCUGCCUCCUACAGCUAUGGCGGCUACAGCUACCCAGCCGGGCCCACCUAUUCCAAUUCUCAGUCGCCAACAGGGAGACCAAUCUGCAGACCAGGAUAUGGUGUUCCACAGCCGUACUCCUGACUCCUCUGUCUGAUUUCUUCUUCACAAUUCUUCCCUUCUUUGCUGUCUCACCCUUUCCUUCUCCCUCCCUCCUUAAACUCCACUUUUGUUACCCUAGUUCCCUCUCCUCAUCUUGUCUUUUCUUCCCUCCCUCUUCAUUUCUUCCAUGCUCUCAGAUUCAAGACGCUUUACAUAUUUGUUGCACUAUUUCUCUCUUUCUCUAAAUAUCAGUCUGUUGAUCUCUCUCUUUCUCUCUUUCCUUUUCCCUGUCUCUGUCACCCCGUGACCCACCAACUCCCCCACACUAGUCUCAGGUUGUUGCGUUGUGUUUAAGUGUUAAAACACUUUUAUCUGGCCCUUCACACACUCCCUCCCUCCUCCUCUUCCAUUUCAAGAGUGUGUGUGUUGCUAUUCGGCAAUCAGAAACAUACAAGUGCACCCCCUUAUGACAAAUACAUAGAAAAUCUGCCUUUGUAACACUACAUCAGUGUCCAGUAGCUUUUUGUCUAAUGUCUAAUUCCUACUGUUUUUCUUGAGCAAUUCAAUUCAAAUAAGUUAUAUAACGCCAAUUCAUAACAGAAGUCCGCACUCUUCAUACAGAGCAGGUCUGCACUGUAUUCUGUACAGUCUGCAUUGAGACUUGCAUUGGAAGGUAUUUUCUUGGGCUCAGCUCUUCCAGACCCUUCCCUACUGCAAACAUAAACGUGACAGGUGACUUUUAUUAUGCACAAUCACCUGUGGACAGAGGGCAGAAGAACCACCAGUAACUCCAGAAACCAGUCACUUUUUAUUUUCUUCAUCCAAAGAACCUUGUGACGAAGGCAGUGUUUUGUUUUUUCCCUUACAUACAACAUUAAAGGUCCCAGUGUAAAAUGAA